AUGGACGCGUCUGACGACAGACCAAGGAUUCGCAUCGCAAUCAUUGGCGCCGGACUCAUCGGACCGCGGCAUGCACAACAUGUCAUUGCCAACCACGACACUGAGUUAGUCGCCGUUGUCGACCCAAGUCCUGCCGGGAGACGCCUCGCGGAGGAGCUCGAGGUUUGUCACUACCCGUCUACGACGGACUUGAUCGCGUCUGGCGACGUUCUACACGCGGCCAUCAUUUGCACGCCAAAUGACACCCACAGUGCGGUGGCGAUGCAGCUCUCCUCAGCCGGAAUCCAUCUUCUCAUUGAGAAGCCCUUGGCUGCGGACACUGUCAGCGCAGAGGCGUUGGUCGCACAGCUUGCGCAGUCGCAGACCAAGGUACUCGUUGGCCACCAUCGGCGCUUCAGCCCUUGUAUCAUCGCCGCAAAGGCGGCGUUAGAAGCUGGGUCGCUAGGCCAGAUUAUCGCAAUAAACGGCCUGUGGACACUAUACAAACCGCAGGCCUACUUCGACCCGCCGAGCGAUUGGCGCCGCGGCGACGCGGGCGGCGUUGUCCUUAUCAACAUGAUACACGAGGUGGACUUGCUUCACCACCUGUUCGGCCCCAUUGCUCGAGUGCAUGCGGAAGCUAUUGCGCCGCAGCGUGACUACCGGGCCGAAGAGGGCGCCGCCAUGACCCUUCGCUUCAGGUCCGGUGCCGUUGGCACGUUUCUCAUAUCAGAUGCGACUCCGUCUCCCUUCAACUUCGAGUCUGGCACCGGAGAGAACCCGCUCAUACCCAAGACCGGAAAAGACUUUUAUCGCAUCUUUGGCACCGAAGGGACCCUGAGCGUCCCGGACAUGGUGCUUUGGCACUACAAAGGCAGCGUGCCGAAAUCCUGGCACUCACCUUUGACGGGAAGAGUGGUCCCUACGACGGCAGAGGUUCCGUUCGCGGAGCAGCUGGCCGCAUUUUUGCCGUGUGGUCAGGGGCGAGGAAACCCCAAGCUGCACUCCCGAAGCAGGGCUGGCGGCGCUCAAAGUUUGCGCGGCCAUUAA